AUGGCUUCUGCAGCGACUGCGAGUUCUUCGACAUCUUCCUCACUGAUUCGAGGCGAGCCAGACUGGAGCCAGAAGGCCCCGCACUUUGUCAUCCGGACGUUGGACGACGUCAGGGCUUUGGGAGCGGUGAAGCAGGCUCGAACUCAGACGUGGGAGAGCCGAAGAUACCUGCGGAGAGUGGACGGAUUUGGCUUCUCCUUCCAUCAAACGCUUCUCAAGGCAGGAUCGAGCACCCGGAUCCAUUACAAAAACCACGUGGAGGCCGUGCUGGUGACCUCUGGGUACGGGGAGCUCGAACUACUCCAGCCACACCAGACAGAGGGAGAAGGCUUUGCCGUGUUCAAGCUUGAGCCAGGAUCGUUCUAUGGCUUGGGUGGCCAAGAGUGCCAUGUAGUCCGAGCUUAUCCAGACGGUGACCUCUGUGUGUCUUGUGCUUUCAACCCGCCGGUUGAUGGCUCGGAAGACCACAACGCCGAAGGUGUGUAUCCCGCGAUUGGAGCCGAUGGCGUGCCACGCUAUGCUUUCGCUGCAGCAGACGUUCCGCGCCUCUUUCGUCCACCGGAGAGCUUGAAAGGUGGAUCCGGCGAAACCAAGCCAGCUCUUCCGUUGACCUUGCAGACGAAGCUCGGCACCGUGGUGCUCAGCUUGCCCAGUUCCGAGGACGGUGCCAACAUGUGGUCACUGGCUCAAGGCGCCGGCUUGGACUCCAACUCCGCAUACUGCUACAUCAUCCAUUGCAUGUACUUCGCUGACACUUGCAUAGUGGCGAAGACGCCUGCUGGACGAAUGGUUGGUUUUGUUCUCGGUUUUUUGCCUCCAACAGAUCCUGACACGUACUUUGCUUGGCAGAUCGCCGUGGAUAGCGACUUCCGGCGCUGCCGGCUCGCUCUGUCCAUGCUUGAGGCGCUGCGCCAACGCCUCGCCGCGCGGUAUGUGGCCGCAUCGGCCACCGCCGCGAGCGCAACCCCCGCGCUCAUGGCAUGCCUGGCCGCGGAAAAUGAUACGAAAAUGGAGAAGAAGAUCGGCUGGCUACCAGAAGAUCUUUUCCCGGCGACCUCGCCAGCUCCACCGGAAACUCUGUGUGUGGUGGGUCCAUUGGGCGUGGAAAAAGCAGACAAAGCAGGCCCCACGACGGGCAUCCGCCAAGCGAGCCCUUAUGCCACCCGGGGUGUGCAGAGUGGAGCGGUCCUUCGAGUGCAUCCCGUGGUGUGGCCCGGGAAUUCGAGCAAACCUUUGAGCCAAGCACUGCUGAAUGCCUACGAAGAGCAGGGCUUUUGCAUCCUGCGAGCCGUCGUUCCUCCGCAGCAGAUCGAGGCCUCUCGAAAGUUCCUAGAAGAACUGGUCGGAUCCAUCAAUGAGCCGUCGAGGUCUCGCGUGGACUCGGACUGCCGCCUGGUAACCGAGGCGGGUUCGUCUGCGCUGCGGAGCAUCUUCGCUGUGCACGAGGAUGCAGACAGCCCCAUCGCAGAGCUUGCAACUUCCCCUUUGAUCACACAGUUUGCGCGGCAGAUUCUGGCGGAUGAUGUUUACAUUCACCAGUCCAGAGUGAACCUUCAGUCCGCCUUCAAGGGCGCGGGCUUCUCCUGGCACAGUGACUUUGAAACCUGGCACGCGGAGGACGGGAUGCCUUGUCCACGCAGUGCUUCCGUCGUAGUCUACCUGGAUAAGAACGUGGAGAGCAACGGGGCACUGAUGGUGGUGCCGGGAUCACACAAAAGCUUUCUCCGAUGUCCUGGUCGGCAGGAGGGUGCGAAUUGGGAGAAGUCCCUGCAGUCACAGACAUACGGAACGCCGGCAGACGAGGAUAUCCUUGCGCUUGCGAACAAGCAUGGCAUCCAACAUUGUGCCGGGGAAGCUGGUGAUGUUCUCAUCUUCGACUCCAACCUUCUACAUGCAUCCUGUGGGAACCGAUCGCCGUGGCAUCGGAGGAAUCUGUUCGUAGCGUUCAACUCUUGGGAGAACCGGCUGCAGUCUCCUUUCUAUGCGCAGGUCCCCCGCCCCGAGCAUGUGGCACAUCGAGACCGCAUUGCACGGUUCGGGGCAGAUGCUGCUUGA